AAACAUCAUACCAUCACGCUUGUCGUUGUGGUGGGGAUCCUCGCUCGUCCUUGAGUCAACCUGUGGUAGAUCGCAUCUUUUUUGUUUCGCAAAAUAGUUGUCAAUCGUUGGCAAAGACAUUAUUUCGUCUACUUUCACACCAUGAAGCUUUUGAUUUUUCUUUCUUUAGUGACCUCUGCUCAUUCGUUUGUUCCAGUUCUGCAUCUCUCGGCGCAGUCUACACCUUCGCGGACGAAACUAUUUGCCGAAGGUGCGAACGGAGAUUCCUCAGCGGCGAGCAAAAAGAAGGUCAUCGUCUUGGGAGGAGACGGGUUCUGCGGUUGGCCAACUUCUCUGUACCUGUCGGAUCAGGGGCAUGAAGUUGUGAUCGUCGACAAUCUCAGCCGACGCAACAUUGACAUCGAGCUCGGAUGCGACUCGCUGACUCCUAUCCGAUCCCCCGAAGUACGUUGCCAAGCCUGGAAGGAAGUUAGUGGCAAGGAAAUCCGCUUCGUCAACUUGGACGUCGCCAAGGAAUAUGAUCUUUUGGUGGAUCUCAUCAAGCAAGAAAAGCCCGAUUCCAUCGUGCACUUUGCGGAGCAGCGUGCUGCUCCGUACAGUAUGAAAUCCGCCAAGACGAAGCGAUACACUGUCGACAACAACGUUGGUGGCUCCAACAACCUUUGUUGCGCUGUUAUCGACUCAGAGGUCGACGCCCAUAUCAUCCAUUUGGGAACCAUGGGCGUGUACGGGUACGGAACUAGCGGUGGAGAAAUUCCGGAAGGAUACAUCGAUGUCACUCUACCCGGCGGCCGUGAUGCCAACAUUCUGCACCCUGCCCACCCUGGAAGCGUCUACCAUGCCACCAAGUGCUUGGAUGCCCUUUUGUGGCAAUUUUACCAAAAAAACGACCAGCUACGUAUUACUGAUUUGCAUCAGGGCAUUGUCUGGGGUACCAACACACCACAGACAGCCCUGGACGAACGUUUGAUCAAUCGGUUUGACUAUGAUGGGGACUACGGUACAGUUUUGAACCGUUUCUUGAUGCAAGCCGCCAUGGGCGUUCCGUUGACCGUCUACGGAACUGGCGGGCAAACUCGAGCCUUUAUUCAUAUUUCCGACACGGCUCGUUGCAUCGAUUUAGCUAUAAGCAACCCGCCCACCGCUGGCGACCGCGUCGAAAUCUUCAAUCAGGUCGCCGAAACCCGUCGUGUGCGGGAUAUUGCUGAGUUGGUCGCCAGUAUGACCGAUGUCGAAGUGAACUUUAUCCCCAAUCCUCGUCAAGAAGCUGCGGAGAAUGAUUUGGAUGUGGCCAAUCGUAAGUUUUGCAAUCUUGGUUUGGAUCCCAUUACUCUCGAUACGGGCCUCUUUGAUGAAGUCACCGAAAUUGUCAAGAAGUACAAGUCACGCUGUGAUCCCACAAAGAUUCUGCCGGCGAGUUUCUGGAACAAAAAACGCGCAGAAGAGUGCGCCAGCAUCGAUCCCAAGAGCAUUCAAUUGAAGAAAGACGAAGCGGAAGUCGCCAAGGCGUAAGUCGACCACGAACUGGUGAUGCCCCAUUGGUUUAUAGGUAUAAUGCGCGAGAAGUUCGUUUAACGCUUGGCCUCGGAUCUGCUUGCUCCUAUCAUAGUACACAUUAUUGCUAGGUUC